AUGGGAAAGAUUGUUUUCUACGAGGACAGAAACUUCCAGGGUCGCUCUUAUGAGUGCAACUCUGAAUGUCCAGACUUGUCCUCAUACUUCAGACGCUGCAACUCUAUCCGUGUAGAAAGUGGAAACUGGAUCCUGUAUGAACACCCCAACUACAGAGGACACCAGUAUUUUCUACAUAGAGGAGAUUAUCCUGAUUUCCAGCAAUGGAUGGGUUAUGAUGACUCCAUUAGGUCUUGUCGCAUAAGCCCUCAGCAUCAGGGAUCAUUCAGAAUCAGGAUCUAUGAAAAAGAAGAUUUCAGAGGUCAGAUGAUGGAGUUCACUGAAGACUGUCCUCAUGUCUAUGAGAGAUUCCGCUACAAUGACAUCAACUCCUGCCAAGUACAAGAUGGUUACUGGAUGUUUUAUGAGGAGCCCAACUACAGAGGACGUCAGUAUUACCUGAAGCCUGGAGAGUACAGGAGAUACAGUGACUGGGGAGCCUCAAGCCCCAGAAUUGGUUCCUUCAGGCGUGUCCAUCAUUUCUAAUAACAUAAUUGAAAUGCUGACAUUUCUUUACUAAAAAAUAAAAAAUGUAUUUGCCUCCAAAGUAUUUAUUACAUGCAU